CCUGUUCCCGGAAUCGCUCUGAGCGCGCGCGCUCACGCGGGGCGGCGCCGUUCCGUUGUUCGCCAUAGUUCAGGAGUCAGAACCAGACACAACACCAGGACCAGAACCAGACCAGAACCGGACCAGAACCAGACCCGCUCUGACCCCAGGCUCCUGGAGAACCACAGCUCUACAGAACCAGGUGAGACUGCUCACCUGUCAGACACGCAGACAGACAUGGCUGAGGACGAGGUUCCUGUGGAGCAGCUAGAAGCGAUCGCGGCGGAGAACGAGGAGCAGGAGCCGGUGAACUACAAGCCUCCAGCCCAGAAGUCUCUGAAGGAGAUCCACGACCUGGAUAAGGAUGACGAGAGUCUACGCAAAUACAAGGAGACGCUGCUGGGCCCCGGGGCCUCCGAGGCCGAUCCCAACAUCACAAACGUCCAGGUGACCCAGAUGGCUCUGAUAUGUGAAGCGGCCCCGAACCCUCUGGUCCUGGACCUGACAGGAGACCUUGAAGCCUUUAAGAAGCAGUCGUUUGUUCUGAAAGAAGGUGUUGAAUACAAAAUAAAGAUCAGCUUUAAGGUGAACAGAGAGAUCGUUUCGGGUCUGAAGUACGUGCAGCAGACGUACAGGAAAGGAAUCAGGAUUGAUAAGUCGGACUACAUGGUGGGCAGCUACGGGCCCCGACCCACCGAAUACGACUUCCUCACCACCGUCGAAGAGGCUCCUAAAGGCUUGGUCGCCCGCGGCAACUACGUCAUCAAGUCCAAGUUCACUGAUGACGACAAGCACGACCACCUGUCCUGGGAGUGGAACCUGAACAUCAAGAAGGACUGGAAGGAUUAAAGAGGCCUGACCCCCCAUCUACCCCAUCUGACCCCCCAUCACCCCCCCAUCUACCCAUCUGACCCCCCAUCAC